UAACCGACGCGGCCUUGGCAGAGGCUACGUCACAAGAUUGUUAACUUCACGCUUCAGUUCGCACAGCAAUCUGAUGCCGGUGUCAUCUUCAACGACAGCGACAAAGACAACGGGCUUGCGGGCUGGGCCGUCGGCAUCAGCAUCUAAUAGCUCGUUUCUAGCCCCGGAAGAUGCUUAUUACCAUGGGACACCUGGCGACAGCGCGUGGAAGCGCAAAGACAGAGGGCGUAGCGCCAGCCAUCGACGCAAGGCCACUUACAAGAAAUUGUUAUGGUUCAAGCAGCCUUUCCCCGACAAUUACACGGAUGAGCAGACAUUCCUGGACCACCUUCAGCGCAACCCUCGCACCCAGCCCUAUGAAUUCUGGUACCUCAUGGCAGCUUCCACUGUUAUAGUACAGCAUGUCGCUUCGGUCGUCAUCUUCUGCUGUGCAUUCACCGGCAUCUUCCAGGAACGGGUAUCGCCAAUCUCUGUCGUAAGCUGGGCAAGCUUUUGCUCUUUUCUUGCCUGGCUCGUAUGGGAUUACUGGAUGGGUCACGAGGAAGCGUCAAGAAUCAAGGAGACCGGAGAUGAAAGUCAUGAGUUGAAUACAGACGCGCCAGCUCAUCAGCCGCCGUUUGUAGACCCUGAUUCGUCUCUGUCGCCGAGGAAUCAACAGCGUCUUGCCACUGUCAAAUCGGCUAUGCUUAUCUACGCUGCCGUGCUUGGACUCAGCCCUAUACUCAAGUCACUCACGCGAUCUACCACUAGUGACUCGAUCUGGGCCAUCACGGCGGGUCUUCUCGCUCUGAAUAUUGCCUGCUUCGACUAUUCGACUAGCAACAGGUCAUCCCUGCCCGCAUCCUUUUCAACAAACUCGGCUGUCAUGGCAUCCACCGUGCUAGCAUCUCGACUCCCAUCCACUACUCACGUCUUCUCCCUUACACUCUUCUCCAUCGAAGUAUUUGGGUUAUUUCCCAUCUUCCGUCGCAAACUCCGCAUCCAAUCCUGGAAUGGCCAUCUUGCCCUAACCAUCUUCCUCGUUACCAUAGCAAGCGGUGCGUUAUUCACAGUGCUGACUGGGGGAGGGCGAGGAGCAUGGAUUGCCGGGAUGUUUCUGGGCAGCAUGAUGACGUUUUUUGGCAUGGGAGUGUGUACCUGGUGGUUGAUCGGGUUGCAAAAGUACAAAAACGAGAUCCACGGGCCCUGGGAUCCAGCAAGACCGGUCAUCCGAAGGCGGUGGGAUUGA